AUGAAAAAAUUGAUCAUUUUUCCCCUGUCCUAAAAUUAGAUGAAAAUCCUUAUGAACAAGUUAUUGCUAUUUUUCACAGUUCCGGUUCAACCUCAUUUCCUAAAUUAGUUCCUUUCUCCAAUCGUUUUUUAUUAAAUGCUGUCGAAUCAACUCAUACUCAUCAUACUCAUGAGAUUAUUUUAUCAACCCCUCCAUUAUUUCAUAUUUAUGGAUUCUUUCAUGCAUUAAAAUAUAUUUUAAGUCCUGGUUCGACAUACGCAUUUCCAAUCGUUGCAGGUUCAAUUCCUUUAGCCAAUGAAGUUUUACAUAGUUUAAAACAAUCUAAAGCUACAAUUCUUUACAUUUUACCUGCUAUCCUUGAACAAAUUUAUACAAAUUAUCCGGAUGAAAUUAAAACAUUAGUAAAUUUAAAAGCUAUAUAUUACGGCGGUGCUGCAUUGGUACAUCAAGUAGGCGAACAACUUGUUCAGUCUGGCGUCAAAAUUCGAAAUUCUUAUGGUGCGACCGAAAUAGGUCAUUUUAUGAUGACUCCUGAAAAUUUAUCACCUAAUAUUCCAUGGAAUGCAAUGAAAUUAAUAGUUCCUGAAAGUGAUAUAAUAUGGAUAGAAAGAAAUGAUAUCCUUGAUGGUGCAAAAGAAUUAGUUAUAAAAAAAAAUUCUUCAAUUCUCGCAAAUAUUAAAGAUAAUGGUGAUUAUAGAGUAGGUGACCUUUUUAUUGAAGCUAAAAAAG